ACAAGUCUCAGCUCCAAUUCAUGGUAGAAGGUCGGAACAACUUUACACGUCAUCUGAUCGAGUAUUUUUUUAAACGAGUCUCACCAUAUCUGCAAUCGCCAGGGAAGCCAAACGGAUGAGAGUUAGAAAGUUGUUACACUGGUGCUGAAACCUGGGACUGAGGAACAGAUGCUGUUAUGGGAUCCUAACCAGUCCAAGAACUAAUCCAAAUGCUCACCGAUGACCUCCAGCAGCACACCCUUGUCAUGCUGUUCAUCGACCAGGGCCGACACUUCCAGACUCUGCUCGAAGCCCAGGCAGAGGAUUGAUAGGUGAUCUAGAGCUGGGUCUAGUCUGCAGGUGCUCCAGCCAUCGUCCCUGUGGCCAGCAUGCCCAUUCAGCUAGUGAAGAUGGGGCCGCAGGAUGACCCCGACACCUUCCUUAAGCUGUUCGAGCAUGUCGCGGAGGCAAGCUCAUGGCCAGCCUCACAAUGGUCAGCUCGCCUACUGCUGCUCCUGUCAGGGGAAACCCAGCUUGUGGCUCGAUGGCUCCCGGCCACCACCAUGCUGGAGUAUCCCCUCCUGAAGUGAGCCGUCCUAUAGUGGGUUGGCUAUGGCCCAGAAGAGCAGUGCCAGUGCUUCUGCUUGCUGGCUUACAGUGAAGUGGGCCAGCUGUUCGCGUUCACCCAACAGCUCCGAGGUGCCUGCCGACAGUGGCUUCUAGCCAGCGAGAGCGAUGUUGAAGCUGUCAUCGAGCGAGUGACACUGGAGCAGUUCUUUGCUCAGCUGCCGAGUGGGCUGUCCACGUGGGUCCGGUGUUGCUGAAUGACAUUGCUGGAGGAGGCUGUCCGACUGGCUGAGGAUCAUCUGAUGGUGCAUCUGGAAAUAAAGUCCUUCAUGCCCACCAGAACAGAGCGCGAGCUUGGGCAGAUCUGUAGGUGUGGAGGGAAGGCAGGGCUACUGAUUCAUGUUGCCAAUGCACCUCAGGCUUCCCCUGAUUGAGUGGGGGUGUACAGGAUAGCUGGGUCUGUGCCAUGAGGAUUCAUUGCUCUUUCUUCAUCUGCCUCUUCCUUGUUGCUGCUGUUGCAACAGAAGAUGUACAAGCCUCAAUGCAAGCUCAAAACAAAUCUCUGCCUCAUCUGAUUGGCUGCUAUUCUCGGGAACUCAUGACAUUUCGCUGCCACUGGGAUGUUCGAUCUUUCUGGAACCUGACAGAACCGGGUGACCUAAGACUGUUCUACAAGGAAUCGAAGAGUGAUGGCAAAUGGCUUGAGUGCCCAAGUUACAGCGCCGCAAUAGAAAAUGAGUGCUACUUUGAUGCCAACCAUACAAGUAUCUGGUUACAAUAUGCCAUCCAACUGCGCUCACAGACCAGUGAUGUUUAUGAUGAAAUGUUCUUUUCAGUGGAAGAAAUUGUAUUUCCAGACCCACCUGAAGUGCUGAACUGGACUUUAUUGAGUUUGGGCCCAACUGGAUUGUUCUAUGACGUGAUGGUGAACUGGGACACACCUGCCUCAGCAGCAGACAGUGUGAAGAUGGGAUGGAUGACGCUUUGGUAUGAGACUCAGUACAGAGAGACCGGCUCAGAGCAAUGGAAAUCUCUUGACAGUGGCAAGGACAUGCAGGCUAACAUCUAUGGCCUUCGCAGUAACACGAAGUAUGAAGUCAGGGUGAGAUCCAAAAUGCGGGGAUACAACUUCGGGGAUUUUGGUGACUCUAUCUUCAUACUUGUUUCCAGCAAAGGAUCAAGAAUCCCCAUAACUUCUGUGUUUAUCCUUGUGGCUACUGCUAUUGGAAUCAUGUUCAUCCUGAUUGUGGUGUCACGUAAACAGAAGCUUAUGGUAAUUCUUCUGCCACCUGUUCCUGGACCAAAAAUCAAAGGAAUUGAUCCAGUCCUUCUACAGAAGGGUCGGCUAACAGAGUUCACCUCAGUCCUGGGUGCUCACCCAGAUCUGCGUCCAGAGCUCUACAGUAACGACCCAUGGGUGGAGUUCAUACAGGUGGACAUCGAUGAACCAACUGAGAUGAUGGAUGGUUUGGCUGCACCACUCCUCUUCGGUGAAUCUCGUGUCGCCGACUCCCCUCCAACAUCCGGCGGGUUCCAAGAUGACGACUCUGGUAGGGCAAGCUGCUGUGACCCUGAUCUGUCUGAUCAUGAUCACCAAGAUUCUCAUCAUCCUUCAACCAGCACCCAUGAUGGCUUUCACACUUUGAUACCUCCUGCUAAUUUGGGAACUCUACAACCUGUGGUUCCUCCUGCUCAGGAACCUGCAUGGCAGAAUUCCAUUUACUCUCAAGUGGCUGAAGUCAUGCCAUGUGGUGAGACACUGCUGUACCCAGAGCAGAACGUGACUGAUAACUGUGGUAUUCAAGAUAAAGGUACUGACACUAAAGAGAAAAAGUCCUGGUUGAUGGUGUCCCUCAAUGAAAGAGGUUACAGUGUCAAUGAGCCAAGCUCAUCCACAGCAAACCCUGUGGUAUCAGCCUUUCCUAUCCUAACAAUGCCAACUUCUCCAGAAUACACUAUGGUGGAUGGAGUGGGCUGGAAAGAUGGCCUUCUUUUAAAGACGAGCCAUGUAGCAGCUUCUGCUUUUGUCACAUCAAAAUCCAGACCCGCUCCUGAGGGAUAUUUGCCUCCCGACUUGCUACACAGCAUUACUCAAAAUAAGUAGUGCCAGAAAUGUACUGAGGUGAGAUUUGGAGAAAGAAUGGAUUAGCUGUAAAGCACAUUGGACAUUUUUAACCAACAUCAAACAAGUCUGGGCUAAAAAUUUGUAAGUCAAGCACAUUUCUCAUUGACUGGUAUUUUAUUAUAUUACUGAAACAUUUUAGCAAGAUGGGUUUGGACUGGAUGAAAUCUAUUGGAUUAAAUUAAAAUAACCUAUUUUCUGAGGUGUGUAAGUAUUGCAAAUCAUAGAUUUACUGUUUCCCACUUUAAGGGCUGAUACAUUACUCUAAUGGAAUCUGUAUAUUAUUUGUAUAAAAUCUUGUCGGUGGAUUAAUGAACAUUUACACAGAUGAGGAACCUGCUAAUUUGUUUACAUACAGUAAUUCUGAUAUCUUGCAGCACAGUUUUAAAUAGCAAGCAUAAGCUAAUUUCUACAGAAGUGAACUUGUAAGUACAGAGCCUUGUUUCUAAACCCAAGCACACCAUAUAGUAGGGUCUGUAUAAUACCAGAUCAUCCUGUAUUUGAACAUAAAAUACUGCGUCCUGUAUCAAAUCAAUACGGGACGCAAAUUGUCCCAUGUUUUCACACACAUCGUUUCAUAGCCUAUACUCCGUCUUCAGAGUGCUGAAAAUAACAUACUAUCAAGUAAAAUCAAACCUACAAGUGAAGUGAAGCUGUUUAAUUUCUGUGGUGAGCUCCUGACUGACAAGCUCUGCGUGCUGUGUGAAAUUGCACGUCACGUGAGGUCAGCAUCAGCGGUUGCCCUGUGCAGUUAAGCAUAGCAGUAGCGCCUCAGUUGCUGUUUUAAAACGACGUCUGCAAGUCCAUCUGUGACACGUAAGAGGCUAUCAAGAUAUAGGGCUGAAUGGGAGACAGAAUACCAGUGGGUCAGCUCUGUCCCUGGCAAUGAAUACAAGGCAAACUGUACAGUUUGCCGUUGAGCUUUUUCAGUGGCGCAUAGAGGGGUGCGUGACCUUAAACAGCACACUGCAGGUACUACCCAUGUCCGAGCAACUAAAGAGUGGACUACACAGAGUGGAAUUGCCCAAUUCCUUAUACCUCACACCAGUGGCGGCUGGUAGUCUUUCAAACAGGGGAGGCUGGUCGGUUAUGAUAUUUCCAGAUUUUAAAAGAAAAAACACAUCAAUUUUGCCCAUACUCUUGCCUCUGAUCUGGCUGAUUGUGAAAUAACAGGUUCUUUUGGCCCAUUAGCCUACUGUCCAAUAUACAUGAUGGUGGUGUUGGGGGGGUAUAUUUUAACAUUUUAUAUUUUAAAAUUGUGGCAUGUUUAAAAAUUGAUUAUUAUUGAAAGCAGCUCUUUGUCAGGAACCUCAGCAGUAACAGCAGUGUGUUCUGGAAUAGGCACAAGCACUGACCUUGGGGAGCCAAACAUAGAGCUGGGUGCCACACAUUUCAUUCAAUGACACUUUCCCUAUAUUUUACUUAUUUUGACUGAGAAAUGUUUUAUUGACAAUUUUGAUAACCCUUCACUUUUAAUCCAGGUCUGUAGUGUGAAAUGUUCUCGGCUGUGUUUUUGUUUAAAAAUGUUUUCCAAAUUGUAGCUGUGUUUAAUUCAUAUCCAGAAAAAUAUAUAUUCCAAUAUAAUAUACUCAGCAUAAACAUUUUAAAUGGAUUCUAUAUUUUUAGUCCAUCCAUGACAUAUUACUAAAGUAGCCUAUUUACUGUUGUUGAUGUGGGUCACUUGCUGUUAGCCAAUUCACUUUCUCGUACCAGGAGAGCUGAAAGGAACGAGUAUUAUUCCCUACCUUUUUCACCAAGUCAAUUUGAGGCGUUGGUCUACCCUGCUCUUUAAUUUUAAUUUUUUCCUCGAAAGGAAGACUGGCAAAUGGCUUCGCCAAAAUUAAAUCAGCAAUGCUUGGCAUCCGUGCGCAGCUUUCUUGCUAGCUGACUAGCCCCCUCAAGUUCAAGUUCAGUCACUCAAAUAAACGAAAUUUCUGGAACUAAGAUAGCAAACUUGACAACACUACACUUUAUUUACAAUGAAAAUAUAUACAAACUAAAAAAGCUGGUAGAAACCGUAUGUAAUGAAUGAAAUCGAAAUGUAAGCUGAUCUCUUACUAUACACCACAGCACUUGCGAAUCCGCAUGGGACUGAACUGAAAUUCACCACUGCCUGUCUAUAUUUGAAAUGAGCUGUCAAUCAAAGAAAAUAUUCGGCCGCUUUCACCAAUCACCAGUCUCCUUGCGGAAACUGCCAUGUCCCUCCCACUGUGAGGCUGGGAGUCCGGUGGGCGGGCGUUUUCGCAGUAUUUGUCCAAUAACCGUCUUGCAUUUUGAUAUUGAAAAGCGCAUAGCUCCCAAAUGCCAUUGAAGUCCACUGAGACUGGGAGUCCGUGGGAGUCUGUGGGCGGGUGUUUUCACAGUAUUUGUCCAAUAAUCGUCUUGCAUUUUGAUAUUGAAAAGCGCAUAGCUCCCAAAUGCCAUUGAAGUCCACUGAGGCUGGGCUGCAUCGCGCUGUCACGAGGGGGAAAAACUCACGCACACAUUAGGCGAACUGGGGAAAGUUAUAACGGAAUGAUUUCGCACUGUAGUUGGGUUGAGCACAUAUAUUUCUAUGAUUCUGGAUCUGAAAUAGCAAUGUUAUAAGGUCGGCUAUAACAUAAGCCUAGCGCAAUUCAUCCUGCACGAUGUUCGUCAUUUUUAGAGGAGGCUGAGCCUCCCUCGUUGUCUUGGAGCAAUCGCCCAUGCCUCACACUUCCCCUGAAACAAACAUGGUAUAUUGGUUCAUAAGUAUAUUGCCAACUGUAGCCUAUAUUUUCACCUAAGUUACCCAGUCUUACACAUUUAUCCAACAUAAGUGGCUUUUCAAUAAUCAGCAACUUGAUCAUGUCCCCAUUCCAUGCAUUCUCAUAAGGUUAGGAUAGUUAUUUUAUAAUAAGUAUGAUACAAAAUGUGAAUGACAAUACACAAUUUAAAACAUCUAAACCUUUGUUUACUCUGCAUCAUCCAUAAACAUGAUGCAUAUUAAUUUUUUUUGUAGCUCAAGAAAAAAAAGGAUCAAACUAUCUUGUAGUAUUUAAUAGCCCAGUCCAUAGAUAUUUUUAAUCUAAUUAAUGACUACUCCUUCAGGUAACUGCUGCAGAGUUGACACAUGUAUACCACACUGUUAAAGUAUAUGUAAUGCCUUAUUGUAAUGCUUUAAAAUAAAUAUAUAAUCAUUAGUAACAACUAAAAUGAAUUAAUAAAGCAGGGGGAAAAAUAAUAUUAAUUAUUUAUUUUAUUAUCAAACACAAAACGAUCAAUAAAUCACGGCGUCUGGAUCCCGGAAAAAGGCAGCCUUGCCCCAGGGCUAAUGUCACAUGAUGUCACGCAUGGAACCCUGGUUAUCUGGGUUAUUUCAGUUCAUCUGACUCUGUGCUUGUUUACUCGCUAAAAUUGGAUAUUGUUUUUGGAAUCUUACAAAAAUAAUGGGAAAGCACUGCGUUGUUUGGAUGUUCAAAUUCAUAUACAACAGGACAUUCAGUUCACGAAUUUCCGAGAAAUGACACUAAUCUAAAGUAACAGUGGGUGAGGUUUGUGCAAAGGAAGCGGGCAGAUUUCGUGUCCCCUACUAAUAAUAAAUCUGAUUCAUCAAGUGUUCACCAGAACGACCACAUGGGAAUUACUGGAGCAAAAAAGAAACCAAUUUAUUUAAUAAAUGACAUUUGAUCUGACAUUUGGACAGUUUGUCGAUUCCCCUGUUAUUGCCUACUUCAUAUUUUCUUUCAGUAAUUGCACUGAAUAAGUGUACAUUUUAAAGAUUAUAUUUCUGCAUUUAUUGAGGUACAUGGAAAUAUUUUCCCUAUAUUUUGCAGUGGCCAGCUUAGAAUAAAAAUCCACAAAACAAUCUGUGUUUCCAGUUCUCUCUGGCUGGUGGUGCGCUAUCAGCGGUGAGUGGGACUGUCGUGAACUGGCAGUUUCUCAUCUUGGGGGCUUGAAAAGAUAACUAUUUACUCUGGAAUAUCCUUGAUAAUCUUCUGCCCCUUCAUCCGACAUGUAAGAAUCCCAAUGACUAUCAGAAUUCUCUCCAAAACGUGAUUCCAUAUCGAGACUGGUCUAACCACUGCUGUGCACAUGAACGAAAUUGAUACCUGGAUUGUUACACGUGUGACGUCAUGCACCCCUUUGUGAUCUUCUGGUUCAGUCUCGACAGAUUCCGUGAAAAUUGGCUGAACUUAUUGAUUUUUCAUCAAUUUAUGGCCUUUUGGAUCAGCUUUGGUUCGAAAACACAUGGCCAAUCAGCAUGAUUGUUUCUCUGUACAAGGAAAAAAGUGUGGUUUAGGGACAUUAAAUUCACUUUAAGCACAACCUGAGCUUUAACAGUGCCGAUUAUGCACAGAAGCUAAGCCAGAAAAUCUUUCAAGACUUGAAAAUUGCCAAGAAAAUGUCUUGUGGAAGAACAAAAUCAGAGGCAUUAGUGAAAUAUGUCCUUGCAGCAAAGGCAGUGGAGGAUGUGGUAAAAAUUUUGACAUCAGAAAGACCUUCCACUUUUUUGGGGGGCGUCCCUUAUUUCUCCACACAGAAGAUAGCAACCCUACCAUAUAUCUGUAUGUGGAUUACAACCCAAAUGUCUCAUCUUGUUUGUAUUACUUAAAUUGUUUGUUUCUUAUCUUUUUUUUCUGUUCUGCUGCGCUUAGUGAAACUACAACUAAGCAAGUUUGUAAAAAGGAAGUGUCAACAAAUAUGACUUUCUAAGUGGCUUGUUAAAAUGUACAUAACGUAUAUAUUAAAUAAAAAUGUAAGCAAUUAAAAUAUAUCACUUUAUACCUUUUAC